AUGGAAGGUUCUGGACGCUCGCCUGGGACCACGUUUUCCACUACCAUCAACACAAAAAAAACCCAAACGUUGGGACUUCUUAUGGAACAACAGUGUCACAUCCCUCCCGGCGAGUUCCAGACGUUUGGGGAACCCGUGCCAGCGUGCAACAAUAUCAGUCCUGUGGUCUUUCAGGGGUGUGCUUUAACCAUGUCAAGGCAGGCUCUCCUCCUACACUGGUUAGGUAUUCUCUCUCUGACCUACAACACUCUGGGAUCUGAAUCAAGUGUUCCGACCCCUAUUUCAUGCACAACUCGAGGGGCAGACCUAUCUGAGCAGCGACAGCUUGUUCUGUGCCCUGCAAACUGCACCCAGCGGAGACUCUCUGUGUUUGGAUCUGGAGUAUAUGCCUCUGUGUCUAGUGUGUGUGGAUCUGCUAUUCACAGAGGAGUCAUAGGUGUGUCCGGAGGGCCUUUGAAAGUGCACAGACUGCAGGGCAAAAAGAACUACCUCAGCUCAUACGCUCAUGGAAUUCAGUCUCAAUCCCUGUCAACGUGGACCACAUCUUUCACUGUCGCCAGAGUGAUGAGCGCUCCAAUGGAGGUGUCUAGUCAAACGAGCAGCUCUGCCGUAUCAGCAUCAGGACCAGAACAGAAAAAAAAGAAGAAUCUAAAAAAAGUGCCCUCACAGGGGAACAGAGAUUGCCAAGUGGAUAUUGCCGUGCUGUUGGAUGGCAGUUACAACAUCGGUCAACGUCGCUUCAAUUUACAGAAAAACUUUGUCAGUAAACUGGCGCUAAUGUUAAAGAUUGGAACGAAUGGGCCGCAUCUCGGAGUGGUGCAAGCUAGUGAUUCCCCGAGGACAGAAUUCUACCUCACCAACCACACGAUCCCCAAAGCUGCGAUUUUUGCCAUCAAAGAAAUAGCGUACAUAGGAGGCAAUACAAAUACAGGCAAAGCCAUUUCCCACACAGUCAGGAACUUCUUCAGCUUAGACUCCGGGGUACGCAGGGGACACCCUCGGAUCGUCGUGGUCUUUGUUGACGGUUGGCCCUCAGAUAACCUCGAAGAGGCGGCAAUGAUAGCGCGCGAAUCUGGCAUCAACGUGUUUGUGGUGUCGGUGGCCAAACCCAUGGCAGAGGAGAUGAGCAUGGUGACAGACCAGGACUACAUGAAGAAGGCAGUGUGUAAGGACAACGGCUUCUUCACCUUUAGCAUGCCUAGCUGGUUUAAUACUAACAAGUACGUGAAGCCUCUGGCGCAGAAAUUGUGCUCCAUCGACCAGAUGCUCUGCAGUAAAACAUGCUACAAUUCCGUCCGCCUGGGCUUCCUCAUCGACGGCUCCAGCAGCGUUGGGGACGGAAAUUUCCGGCUUGUUCUGGACUUCCUAGCUUCCAUUGCCCGCAGUUUCGACAUCUCUGAUGUAGGAGCGCGCGUCGGUGCCAUUCAGUACACCUACGAUCAGCGUCUCGAGUUCGGAUUCAACGACUACACGAAUAAGGAGGCGGCUUUGAGAGCUCUGCGGGCUAUCCCGUACAUGAGCGGCGGUACCGCGACAGGUGACGCCAUCAACUACGCCGUUCAGAAACUCUUCAGGGAGCACUGGGCCGGCGCCGGGAGAAAGUUCCUCAUCAUCAUAACGGACGGCCAAUCGUACGAUGAUGUGAGGGAUCCAGCGCUGGCCGCCAAAAAGGAGGGGAUCACAGUGUUCUCAGUGGGCGUGGCUUGGGCACCGAUCGAUGACCUCAGAGCCAUGGCAUCUGAACCCAAAGACAGCCACACCUUCUUCACCCGCGAGUUCACCGGUCUGCCGCAGUUCCAGCAGCCUCUGGUCAGAGGCAUCUGCAGAGAUUUCACCGAGGCAAACUGA